UGCGACGCGACUGAAUCUUUUGAAGAGAAACUUUUGUGGAUAAAAUCUGUUUUCUUCCCUUGUCCUGCAUGGAGACCUAGGCACUUAACUUUUGUGUACAAACAAAAAGAAAGUUAAGAAAAAAAAGAUUUGUUUUUCAUGUGGAUUCCGCCUGUUUAAGGAGGUUUUACUGAGAUAUCUGAUCAAAUUAAAGAAGAUAUGUUGCUAAUUAAAUCUGCUUGACAUGCUGCUGAAGAUGGAGUUUGUUAAAGAGGAGUUUAAAGAGGAGAGUGAAGACGUCAGUAUUUCAGAACCAUUCAGACUGAAGAAUGAAGAAGAUACUGAGGAGCAAAAAGAUCUGAUGAAGCUGAAAAAGGAAAGACAAGAACUGACUGAAGUUGAGGAGAAACAUCGGUAUCAGAAACCUGAUCAUUUUGUAAGUGCCGAAAAGUCUGACAUUUGCUCACAGACUAAAAAGAAAUUCUCACAAAAAAGAACUCGAAGAACAAAAACUGAAAAUCUGUGUGGAAAGAGUUUCACGCAUAAAAUAAAUCUUCAAAGCCACAUAAAAAUUCACUCUGAAGAGCGACCUUUCCCAUGCCUUCAGUGUGGAAAGUGUUUUAAACAUAAAAGAAGCCUCAAAAUUCACAUUAGAAAUCACACUCGAGAAAAACGAUUAGCAUGUGCUCAGUGUGGGAAGAGUUUCAGAAAUAAAACAAUCCUGAGAGCUCACAUGAAAUGUCAUUCAGUUGAGAAAUUACACCAGUGUUCUCAGUGUGGCAAAAGUUUUUUUCAGGCAAGAUAUCUCAAAAUUCAUCAGCGCUAUCAUUCUGGAGAAAGACCGUUUAACUGUGAUCAGUGUGGUCAGAAAUUUGUCUGUUCAUCACACUUAAAAGCACACUUGAAAAUUCAUGGUAAUGAGAAGCCUUACUUGUGUUCUCUUUGUGGAAUGAGUUUUUUACUGCUGAGCAAUUUUAAACAGCACCAGUUAAUACAUACUGGUGUGAAAGCUCAUGUGUGCUCAGAGUGCGGAAAAGCCUUUGGCCGAAUCAGCAGCUUAAAACGGCACCAAAGAGUUCAUGUGGGAGAAAAAACUUACAAGUGUUCACAUUGUGUAAGUAGUUUUGCUUAUCCAACACACCUGAUAACACAUGAGAAAGUGCAUACUGGAGAGAAGACAUAUGACUGCACUCAAUGUGGGAGGAGUUUUAGCACAUUAAGUAAUCUACAGAGACAUUUAAAGAAGAAUUGCCCAAAUAUGUCACAGUGA